AAGGUAUUGGAUGCAGCUCAGGUGAACAAGGAAAGGAGUGUUCUGAGACUGCAUAGACAAGUGUGGCUCCAAGAGCAUCACAGACUCAACAUAGCCAGGCACAAGACUGAGAAAGAAUUUCAACAUUUUCUUCGUGGAGUUGGACUUGAAGAGGAAGCAGACAUAGAUAUCUUUUCUCAGUUACAGGAAUAUGAAUUGGGGCUGGAAAAGGAACGUGAAAAGUUUAGAUUAACCACAGCAGAACCUCUUUAUCACCUAAAAGAUGAUCUGCAGUACAGACUGACAUCACACUGCUCUACAGCCAAUCACAUCAGUGAGCUAGAGGAAGUCAUGCCACAGGUUCUGUCUGUCAGACUUCAGCAACAGGAGGUGAUGAACAGACUGCAAUGUGAAUGUGAAUCUCUACAGCAGGACAUCUGUGUUAAUGAACUCAAGGAGCACCUACAGUCUGCAGCAAUGGGAAGCCAUGUAGCAUAUUUGGAAAAGGUUCCAGAGGAGAUCUUCACUGCAGACUGCCCGUACCCUGACCUCAGAUCAGAUCUUAUUCACAGCUUCCACUCUCUCACUGAGAAAUAUAAACUCAGACUAGCAAUAGUGGAGAGCAGACUGCAGGGCCUGGACAGGAAUUGUGGCUGGAAUGCAGCAGAUCAUGAGUGUUUCCAGCACAUAAUGAGCCAGUAUUCCCCAAGUCUGAGGAACCAGCGCUCACUUUACAUUGACAUGCUGCAGAGACUGCUUCCACAUAUAACCCAACAGGAACUGAGUGCACAUGAGCGUUGGAGUGACCGGUAUCAUUUCAGCAUGACACAGAAGAGUCUGGCACUGCAGGGCUGGCAGCGGGAUCGCUCAGAACUGCUCCUGAGAGGGCUGAGCGUGUUAGAAGACUGCAGGAUUUCUCGCAUACAGCAGCAAGAACUUCAGCACCAGCGUUCACACCAGCAGAACAUCUGCCUCCUGCUCAGAGAAAAGCUCCAGCAGUGGCGCAUUCAGCAAGAGGAGGCUGCGGAGUUGGAGGCUGCUCUUGCUGCUUAUUGGCACAAAGAGGAACUGGAGACAUUGAGGAAAGAACAACAGAGAGAAAAAAAUAGAAGAGCUCAACUGACACAGCAGAUAAAUAGGUUCCAUGCAGAGAAGCAGAGGAAAAGAGAUGAGCAGAGAAAGAGGGAUAUGAAGAGGCUUGCAGAACUGAGGAGAGAGAUAGAAGAACAGAUGCAGAGAGAUAAAGAAAGGGUGAAGUUCAGGAAAGAACUGUUACAGCAGAAGCUGCAGAUGCAUGAAAUUAAAGAAAAACAAAAACAGAAGGAUGAUAAGGAGAGAGAGGAGAGACUUCAAGCUUUAUGCAACCAGGUCUCUAAAGUAGCUGAGGCCAAUCCAGAGAGGAUGAUGGGAAACACAGAGGCAUGGAGAGUACGUCAACUUCCAGAAGAAGUCUUUGCUUUGCAAAAACCACUGUACCAGCUAAAUACAUACACAGAUAAACAGAUUGUGUCCGAUCCCAGAGUUCGUAUUGAACAGGCGCUCAGAACCGCAGGUCUCCAUAACACCCCUUAUGCAAAACAGAUUAUGUCUGAGAUCCAACCUCCAAAACCACCCAGACGAGACAUGGAAUCCACUGCCUUCAGAACCGGAACAUGA